AGGCUGAGAGAGUAGCAGGUGAUGCGAAAAGUGACUCUUCGCUGCAAGUGUUCGAGUGCCUGCCCCAACAAGCCACACCGCCGGCGGAACGGCGAGAAUCGGAAUGAUGACGAGAGUCAGACAUUCUGCGAGAUUUUUUUGCGUUUCAUGGACCAUCUCACCCCAUCCUUGAGGCGACGAUGAAUUGAGCCAACCAUCUUCGAGGCUGCACGCGGUAGAGAGCAUCGACCGUCACAUCCGUGCCAAGUAAUCUGCGUUUACCCAUCGCAUUGUAAGCCUGCCGCCCGACCCAUUCCUGUCGUCGUCGCCCUCGCCAUUGCCGCUGCUGGAUUCUUGUGAACAGCGCCAAGCGGACCAGCUCGCUGUACACAUCCAGACCCGACUAAUUCCAACUGCCAGCGUUGCAUCUGUUUACACUACGCGCCAGCGUUGGUGCCGUUGAAAAAUAAAUCUGGUAGCAUUGUCACUGGGAAGGAGGACACACAUACAGGAUGGCGGACCAUACUCGUGAUCCGUGUCCGUACGUCAUCCUGAAUGACUUUGGAGGGGCUUUCGCGAUGGGUGCCAUUGGAGGCACGAUCUGGCACGGAAUCAAGGGAAGCCGAAAUAGCCCAAGGGGCGAGCGAUUGCCAGGCGCACUUGCAGCCAUCAAGGCGCGAGCGCCGGUACUGGGCGGCAACUUUGGCGUGUGGGGUGGCCUCUUUGGGACAUUUGACUGCACCGUCAAGGCGAUACGGCAAAAAGAAGACCCCUACAACGCCAUCAUUGCUGGUUUCUUCACUGGUGGAAGUUUAGCGAUCCGAUCUGGGCCAAAAACGGCGCUCGGGUCAGGCAUCAUGUGUGGCAUUCUAUUAGGCGUAUUCGAAGGUGUUGGUGUCCUCAUGCAACGAAUGAUGGCAGAGGGGAACAAGCAGCAAGCACCACUCAUCCCCGAGCAGCUAACAGCACAAGCGCCGGCAGGCGGGCCUGCUCUGGCAGGGCCAUCAGCUUUUUCCACCUGAAUUCUGAAGGGCCAUAGUCGAGCCAAGAUCUCUUUCUUUUCUCGGCCCCCCCUUUGGAUGCAAUUGCUCUCGACUCGCUCUGCUUGCAGCAAAUACAGCACCACUCGAUGUAUACUAGUUCAAUCCAUUUUUGUGGUAUUUUCCACUUCUGCUUCGGCU